AAGCAGCUGAGUGUCUCCCGAUACCCGGAUGUGAGGCGGUCUGCUAGCUCUUCUCGGACCCUCGGCCGGGAGCGAGGAAGGUCUUAGUUGUAGCACGUGGGAUCUUCCUUGCAGCGUGCCCGAUCCUUUUUUAGUUGCGGCAUGUGGGCUCUUAGUUGUGGCAUGCAUGUGGGAUCUAGUUCCCUGACCAGGGAUCGAACCUGGGCCCCCUGCAUUUGGGAUCGCUGAGUCCUACCCACUGGACCACCAGAGAAGUCCCAACAAGUGGUAAUUUCUUAAAGAUUAACAACCAAACACACAGGAAGUUAUUAGAAGCAUCAUCCAUCAACCUGAAGAAAAAAGUUAUAUAUGAUUUUCAUUUCAGGAAGGUGCUGUGUAAUGUGUUGAAAGGAAAUUAUAAGGAAUGAUUUUGUCAAAUUUUUAUGAGUUAUGGUGGCUGAAAGAUCAAUUCUUUCUUGUGGGAAAGGAAAUAAAUGGCAGCACAAAAGGAAAUCUAUAUUAAUAGACUAUUUUAUUAAGCGGAAGUGGUUAGAUAAGAACUUUAAACGAACAGGCUCAACAAACAAGGAAAGAAACGUGUUAACUGUAAGACAUGUUUCCAAUGAAUCAAAGUCCAAUAACUGUAGACUUCAGAAGAAAAAAGUUUUCAAAAACUUUGUCAAAACAGACAGGUCAGUGAUAAAUAACUCCUCCAGUAAUAGGGCUAGGCCUGAAAACUGAUAUUAAUUGAAUAAAAUUAACAAAAUAGAUCAAACUUGAAUUAAAAUUUUUUCAUAAAAAGUUCUGAAAAUAUCAGAUUAGAUUUAAAUUUUCCUCAAAUUUCUAUUGCCUCGUCCAGAGUAAACCAAAUAUCUUUCAACCUUCAUGCCAGCUUUUCUCAUGCCAUAAGGAUGACAGAAAUCUUAGCAAACUAGUAUUUUUGUUGAAAAUGUAUAUCAGUAUCAGUUGAUUUUUAAGACCUGCUGCUCGGUAAUAGUAAUAGACAUUCAACAUUUACAACUACCAGGACACAAAAAUCUCAAAAACUACUCAGAAAAGGAGGACCUUACUCAGGAAUGAUGUCCAUUCAGGAGAAAUCAAAAGAAAAUUCCUCCAGUGUUAUUAAAAAGAGUGAAGAUAAGAAUCUAGAAACACAAAUUCAAGGUUCUCAAAAGAAUCUAGUAAAAAAAUCAGGUCCAAAGGAAGCUAUAAAAUCACUGGUUAAAUCUUCCAAUGAAAGUAAAGUCAAUCAGCCUGAAUUAGGAACAUGCAUGAGCACAAGGUCAGCAUCCAGUGAUAAAAAAGCUAGUAAACCUAUUAAUAAAAAUAUGGUGACUGUAAAGGGACAUUCACAACAAGAAUCUACAAAGCAGAAGAAAUUAUCUCAGAAAAAGUCAGUGCACAAAACCCCUAAAUCAAAUGAACAGCUUAAUCGGAGAUCACAAAGACUACAACAGUUAACUGAGGUUUCAACAAGGUCUCUGCGUAAUAGAGACGUUCAGGGUCAAGUUCAAGCAGUUAAACAGAGUUUGCCACCAACAAAAAAAGAGCACUGUAGCAAUACUCAGAGUAAAUCUAAUAAAGUUAAAACAAAUCAGAAACAUGUGAAAAGAAAAGUACUGGAAAUAAAGUCUGAUUCUAAAGAGGAUGAAAAUUCUGUAACUAAUGAAGUAAUAAAUUCCCCAAAAGGAAAAAAACGCAAAGUAGAGCAUCAGACAGCUUAUACUUGUAGUUCUCAGUGCAUAAAAGGAUCUGAAAAGUGUCUUCAGAAGAGUACUAGAAAAGAGGAAACAAAAUCUGUGCCUGUAACUUCUUCUGAGAUAAAAAGAUCAAAAAUGGCUACUUCAGUGGUCUCUAAAAAGAAUGAGAUGAAGAAGUCAGUUCAUACACAAGUGAAUACUAGUGCAAAAUCCCAAAAAAGUCCACAGCCAUCAGUGCCUGAACAAAGUAUAGAUAAUGAGCUGGAGCAAGCAGGAAAGAGCAAACGAGGGAGCAUUCUCCAGCUCUGUGAAGAAAUUGCUGGUGAAAUUGAGUCAGAUACUGUAGAAGUAAAAAAGGAAUCUUCACAAAUGGAAAAUGUAAAGGAGGAGAAGCCUACAGAAAUAAAAUUGGAAGAGACUGAUGCUGAAAGACAAAUACUUCAUCAGAAGGAAACAAGUCAGGAUGUUCAGUGUAAUCGUUUCUUCCCCAGUAGAAAAACAAAGCCUGUGAAAUGUAUUCUAAAUGGAAUAAACAACUCAACUAAAAAGAACUCCAACUGGACUAAAAUUAAGCUCUCAAAAUUUAACUCUGUGCAGCAGAAUAAAUUAGACUCUCAAUUUUCGCCUAAAUUGUGCUUAUUACGACCCAGUUUUUCACUGCCUGCAUUAGAAAUGCAUCAUCCAGUGACUCAAAGUACAUUUUUAGGGUCAAAACCACAUGAUGAUAAAUAUAAAGCUUGCCAGCAGGAAGAAAUGAAAGAAAUUAAUUCUGAAGAAGUUAAACUUAAUGAUAUUACAGUUGACAUUAAUAAAACCCCAAAAAAGCCUCCUGAAAAUUGCUGUUUGGGUAAUCAGAUAAAACCACCUCCUGAUCAGCCUUUGGAUAACCAGAAGAAAGAUUCUUUUGAAUCAACACCAGAUAAGAAUUGCAGCCUAUGUUUGGAAUCUAAGCUUGAAAACAAUCCAGUGGAAAAUACCACUACUACUGUUUCAACUCUGCUCAGUCAAGCAAAAAUUGAUACAGGGGAGAGUAAAUUUCCAGGUUCAGCUCCCAAACAGCACAAUAUACUCACUAACCAAACAUCUAAGACCAGUGAUAACAGGGAGAUACCACCAAAUCAUUCUUGGCCUAAGUGUAAUUCCCAUUUGGAGAUAACAAUUCCAAAAGAAUUGAAACUAAAAGAAGCAGAGAAAGCUGAUGAAAAACAGUUGAUCAUAGAUGCAGGACAAAAAAGAUUUGGAGCAGUUUCCUGUAAUGUUUGUGGCAUGCUUUACACAGCUUCAAAUCCAGAAGAUGAAACACAGCAUCUGCUCUUCCACAACCAGUUUAUAAGUGCUGUAAAAUAUGUGGGUUGGAAAAAAGAAAGAAUUCUAGCUGAAUAUCCUGAUGGCAGGAUAAUAAUGGUUCUUCCUGAAGACCCAAAGUAUGCCCUGAAAAAGGUUGACGAGAUUAGAGAGAUGGUUGAUAAUGAUUUGGGUUUCCAGCAGGCUCCACUAAUGUGCUAUUCCAGAACAAAAACACUUCUCUUUAUUUCUAAUGACAAAAAAGUAGUUGGUUGCCUAAUUGCAGAACAUAUCCAAUGGGGCUACAGAGUUAUAGAAGAAAAACUUCCAGUUAUCAGGUCAGAAGAAGAAAAAGUCAGAUUUGAAAGGCAAAAAGCCUGGUGCUGCUCAACAUUGCCAGAGCCUGCAAUCUGUGGGAUUAGCCGCAUAUGGGUGUUCAGCAUGAUGCGUCGGAAGAAAAUUGCUUCUCGCAUGAUUGAAUGCCUAAGGAGUAACUUUAUAUAUGGCUCAUACUUGAGUAAAGAAGAAAUUGCUUUCUCAGAUCCUACUCCUGAUGGAAAACUGUUUGCAACACAGUACUGUGGCACUGGUCAGUUUCUGGUAUAUAAUUUUAUUAAUGGACAAAAUAGCACCUAAAAUAAAUUCAUGCCUGCAGUCCAGAAGACAUCUACUGAAGAGAAUGGAUUGGUUGCUGACUUUAACCAGGAACUAGGGCCAUUUUUAUUACAAUGAACUCAGGACUGGCAACAACUGAAAGGUUGUUCCAUUUUCAUAAAAUUGGAAAAAAUGCAGUAAUUGCUUAUUGUUGUUUUGUUUUUUAAAGAAGAUAUUUUAUUAUCUUUUACAGAAAUUUAUGAUUGAUGUAUUUUAUCUAUAGUUAUUUAGACAUGUUUACAUGCAGCAGAUAAUUGUUCAUAGUGGACUGAAACUAAUGCAAGGACUAUGGUCUCAGUGAUAAGUAUAUUUUGAAGUUCUUAAUUAUGGAAAUAUACCAGUGUAGCUUGGUACUGUAUUUUUUUAUAUUGAUCUGCUGAUACCAGUUAUAGUUUUAAAGAUUGUAUUUUCACAGAGUGGAAACCGAUGUUUUUGCAUUAUUAGUCAAGGAGGGUGUGAUGUUACCUGUUUAGGAGCUCAAAGCUAAUUCUUAAAGGGUCUGGUAUAUAAUUUAAAAGAAUCCUCACAAAAAAGCAAAGCCGAACUUUUUUUUUUUUUUUUUUUUUUUUUUUUGGUGGUAUGCGGGCCUCCCUUUGCUGCGGCCUCUCCCGUUGCGGAGCACAGGCUCCGGACGCGCAGGCUCAGCGGCCAUGGCUCACGGGCCCAGCCGCUCCGCGGCAUGCGGGAUCCUCCCAGACCGGGGCGUGAACCCGGUUCCCCUGCAUCGGCAGGCGGACGCGCAACCACUGCGCCACCAGGGAAGCCCAAAGCCGAACUUUUUCUUCCAUUUCUCUCUUUUCGCUUCUUGACAGCAGCAAAAAGUGGAAGGUGGAAAAGAAUUGAGGCUUUCCUUCUUGGAGAGCUGUAAGUGACUGGAAUUAGAAUGGUACCCUCUAGUUUGUUUAUUCUUUCAUUCUGGUUUUACUUUUUAAAAUAAAUGGCAACUGGCACACUUCGGCUAUUAACAAUCCCAAAGAAAUUUAUAAAAACCUGUGGAAUAGUUGCAAGCUAAAUACGGAGGACUUGGUAUCUGCUUCGUUACUCCUCAGAAAUACUACACUGGGUAUAUGCCCUCAUUAUUGGACUUCAUUUUGAUACUUGUCUAUCCUUCAUAGUACCCUCUACUUUUAAAGGGUUUAUAUGUUGAAAAACUGCUGUGGCCUUUUAUGACCUGUAUAUAAUGUAGAAUAAAAUAAUAAAAUACUUGAUAG